AUUACAGUUUUACAAUUUAUGUUUUUAUUUCAUUUCACAAUUGGUGAAAAUUGCAAUUCAAAUGGCGACGAAAAAGAUUAAUGUCAGUGAAAACGACGUACAUUUAUUACUUACUAUAAUAGAACAACAUAAAAAUGUGAUAGAGUUCAAAAAAAGCGAUACUUUUACGCUAGAUGUGAAAAAUAAAGCUGGGUUAAAAAUUCAGGAGGAAUAUAACAGCAGAACCUCGUCGUCAUUUCGCGAUGAAAAAAUGCUGCCUACCAAAUAUUACAACUUGAAAAAGGAAUUAAAGAAAAAGGUAGCAGCCGAAAAAAGAAGUUGCAUCGGGACAGGAGGAGGGCCGCCAUUGAAAAUUAGCACCAAUGAUAUUGUUGUAAUGUUAGCAUCAAUAAUAUGCUCGGAGCAGUUCGAAGGAAUGGAAUCUGUUUACGAUUCCGAUAACCCUUUUGUGCGAAACAAAACGGAGAAUGUUAUCGCUAGCAUUGAUAAGGCAGCAAAUAAUAUCAGUGCUAAGCAAUCUCAGGAUGGAAGCGAGGAAUUUGAAGACAUCAAGAACACAUCCAACACAGCUACUACUUCAAAAAAUUGGAGUACAUACACGCCUGCAGAUUUAAAAGCUCCUAAAUGUAAAAAACUUAUAAUCGACGAAUCGCAAAGCAAAGAGGAAAAUACAUCAUGGUCGAAGCUGGAAGCUGUUAAAUCAACAUGGAUCGGAGAAAAAUGCCGCGUAGAGAUUGAAAUAUUAAAAGCUGAACAUGAAAAGCGAGUAAAGAUGUACGAGCAACAUAUAAAGCAAUCUGAAGUGGAACACAAAAUGCGUGUGAAAAUUAUGGAAGAGCAAUUAAAGGAAAUUCAAUGGCGCAAUCUUCAAUUGGA